AUGUUCACGGUUCAGGCGAUAGACCAAGGAGCCACAUCCGGCCGAUCUAGGUCAAGAAAAUGGCCGAAACCAAAUCACGGCAUAGGCGCGCCCACCAGCUGGACAACACUUCAUGGAGAUUUAUUAACACAUUUCCAAUGGAAGAUUACAAAACGAACGAGUCAAUCUCAAGGAUGGCCAAGAAACCUCUUCCUCGAGCCGAUUGGACGACUUUGUGAAGGAUCGAUUCGAAUGAUCUCAAACUUCACCAUUGGGCAUAAAAUACCAGAUGAGUUAGUGUUCCAAUUCCGUUGGAAGUAUGCAAUUGGGAUAAGCCGUUUCGGAGAUAUCACGUUUGUACUGAAGACUGGUGCACAGCCGGCCGAACGCACUCGGCCGGACAGGAAGGGAAUUGGAUUCGCUCGGCCUUCACCAGGACCGACCCGCACGACCACACCGUUCGAUCCGGGAAGCAUUACCCCGCGGUCAAACCAAGAUUUACCACAUGUCCCAUGCAGCCAACCGAGCGCAGCGAUCGAUCCGGGAAGCAAUGAACCGCGCUCGACCCAUUCCUCGACAUGCGAUCAAAGCAUCCGGCCGAACGCACCGGUCGAACAGGAAGGCAAAGGACCACGGUCGACCCAGAUCAUCACCUCACGACCAAGACCAUUACAUCACGGCCGACCCCGACGGCCGACCACAUCCCUUACACGGUCGACCCGAUCUCCGCGAACAAGAAGCCCACUUAUGCAGGGUUUUCACCACGCAGCAGCGCCCAAGACCGCGCACCGGCCGAUCGAGGAACUAUCGUCCCACGAUCGACCCGCGCAGAAAAUCACAUCCGUCCCGCGUAGUGCACGGCCGAGCGCACAUAUCAACCCGGGAACCUUCCGCCCGUGGUCGAUCCAUUCCAGUCCCACGACUAUGUUCCGCGCACAGCUGCGCCGCGCGAACCAGAAAGCAUCGUUCCGCGUUCGAUCUGCCCGCUUACCACAAUCCCUGUACCGCAUUGAUGUGAGUCAGGUUUUACCAAACUCUUUAGACCUCUGCAAGUGCACAGAUCGCGGAAGUAUGGGUAUCGAACACAAGGACUAG